AGUGGGCGGGGCUUUGUGUCUCCGCGUAGGUUUAGUGGCUCUAGACGUGGACGUUAUGAAAAAAGGCUUCAAGUUUGUAGCUGGUGUUUUUCGGGAGGGUUUGCGUCACCGGAGGCUGAGCACACAAAGCCGAGCAGCCUCUACCACACUUUUAAAAUCACGGGAUCCCCCCCCCCAAAAAAAAAAUUGCAUCGCUCUGGACCGCCACGAGCUCUUAUUGUUUCAAUCGAAACGCCUGCAGUCUGAAGAGUCGUUAACCCUGCCCCACGGAAACUACACCGAGGGGGGACUAGAGGAGGAGGAAGAAGAAGAGGGAGCUCUGGGAAGAAACAACAGAGAGAAAGGUGCUGGAGGAGUGAGAGAGGACUGCACAGAGCAACUCCGUAUUGUUCCGCGUUUUGUUUGCUCCGUCCAGAGAAGAGAGAGAGAGAGAGAGACGCGGAGGGGUAUUUUUUUUUCUUCUUCUUCUUUCGGGUGUGCGACAAAAAACUGCAUCACCGUCAACUCUGGAUUUCUUAAUCCGCUUCCUGUCGUCCAGGAUGAGGUUUAAAAGGAACGGGUCCUAUACGCUGAAUAGGAAGUCGAAGGCGAAGCCAAAUGGAAAGAAGCCGGCAGAAGAGAAAAAGCAGUAUCUGGAGCUCGAGUACACAAAAAUCCGUGUGGUGGAUUUUGACCUCAAAGAGCUUGUGGUGCUGCCCAGAGAGAUAGACCUCAACGAAUGGCUCGCCAGCAACACGACAACAUUCUUCAAUCUUAUCAACCUGCAGUACAGCACCAUCUCAGAGUUCUGCACUGGGGACACUUGUCAAACCAUGACGGCCUGCAACACAAUAUACUACUGGUAUGACGAGAGGGGGAAGAAGACAAAGUGCACUGCUCCACAAUAUGUCGACUUUGUAAUGAGUCUUUGUCAGAAACUGGUCACAGAUGAGGAGAUCUUUCCUACAAAAUAUGGCAAAGAGUUCCCCAACUCCUUUGAGUCCUUGGUAAAGAAGAUCUGCCGGUACCUGUUCCACGUGCUGGCUCACCUCUACGGGGCGCACUUUAAAGAGACAGUGGCUCUGGAGCUGCAGGGCCACUUGAACACUCUGUAUGCACAUUUCAUCGUUUUCGUAAGGGAAUUCAACCUGGUUGACCCCAAGGAGACCUGUAUCAUGGACGACCUGUCCGAAGUUCUCUGCGCCCCUGCCCCUGCCCCGCCACCCGCACCCACCCCAGCCCCUUCCUCCCCAGCCUCAGCGCCCUCCCCUUCCUCACAAAACCACGUGACGGAGAGAUGAGCGGCGGCGGCAGCGAGACAGCAGCCCCGGGGGUGAUUGAAGAUAAGAUAGAUGAGAGAAGGAAAGACAGCCUGGCCCCCUUCCUUGGUGCCAGCAGGACUUAAAGACCUUCCACUACCCUUGUAUUUCGCUAUGACACCAACCAACCAACCAGCCGGAAGGAAGGGGGGGAGGGUUUUUGAGGGGUUUGGGGUAGCGGGGAGGGGUUUGUCACGCCAGCAGGAAUUGGCGUGAGCAUUCCUCCCAGGGGCAAAUCCCUCCCAUCUUCUCUGCAAUUUAAACUAGGAAGAAAAAAAGUAUGUGUAUGUUUUUUUUUUUGUGGUUUUAUUUCACUUUUAUUUUUGUUGAAGUUUUAUUCAGUUUAAUUUUUUGUUGUGCGGAGGGGUGCAGUGUGGCCCUCCCGCUAUCCUCUACCUAACAUACAGUACAGGAAGGGGUUUCUGCUUCGCUUCAACCGACUAUUGUACAGUGUUGUUAACGGGAGGAGAUGAGGCGUCUCUCCUCACCUGCAGGCUUGUCCUUCCCUCCUCCUGCAGCUGCGGGAGGCGGCCUGCAGGGGCACGGCCGCUACGCUGGCCAGUAGGGAGCCACGUUACUGCCCGACGGGGCAAUACUAGCCAAUCACUGUUUGGGUUGUUUAUGUGGGGGAUGAUUGAAGCGCUUCCGACUCAGGACCUAAGAGAAUAUGUCACUGCUGCCAGAGAGAAGUUGGUCUCUUUUUUUUCAUUUUUUUUUUUCAUUCUCUGUUCCUUGUUCACCAGACUGCUCAGCCCUUUUAUAUGGCAGAUAUUGAUUGUGUUGAACUACAGUAUAGUCACAUAAUCACCUGGUGUACCCCUAACAGACAUGUCCCAGAGCCCACCUGUAGAGGGCAGCAAACAUAAUGAGAAGGCAACAGAAACAGGCAGAUGGUGAAGAAAAUAUAAAGAUUGUAUGAUAGAUAUUUAAUCUGAUCAGAGAGUCGAGACAGCCUGGGGCCACGAUGAGGCUGAAUCAGAGUUGUAUGCUGGUGCUCAGCAUAGCAGCAGCCACUUGAACCACCACCGACACCCACUUCAGCUGCACAGAAGGACAAAGACAUGAUGUAAUGUCUGCAGGCCUCGAGAGGCACAGACGGAGACAGAGUGAGGGGUGGGAGUAGAUGAUGUGGAGCUGCUCUGCUGUUUAACAGUCAGCAGUACUCCCAGUGCAAAACUCAAAUUCUCCACUCCUGGUUUAUUAUUUCUACCUGUCCUGUUUAAAAUUUGCUUUUUUAAAAAGAUUAUCAGAGGAAAAUUAGUUCAGAAAUAAUAACAAUAAUGGUAUCAUUACACAUGUAUAGAAAAUGCACAGUCUGCUUGGACUUUACUGUACAAAGAAUCGCAAGUGGGUUCUCUCAGACAUAGCCUUCGUAUGGAGGAGAAUUGGGUUUAUAAUUCUCCUUUUUUAUUUAUUUUUUAAUUUUUAAUUUUUUUUUGCAGGGUUUUUCAGUUCUGGCUCUCGUUUUUAUGUAUUUUAAUUAUUAACUAAGUUAAAAGCAAUUUAAUAUUUUAAGCUCUGCGGAUUAUAAUCUAAUAAAAGAGAGAAAUGCCA